UUGAUCUAAUUGCUCAGGUACCCUCGCAUCAACAAAGAGUCCCUCCUUCCUGUGGCCACAAGCUUGACCAUGACUGGGCAAAACACAGAAGGCUGGUACCCUCCAGGUCACGGCGACAUCUACGCCAGCUUCUACAACUCAGGCCUGUUGGACCAACUGAUCGCACAGGGCAAGGAGUACAUCUUUGUGUCUAACAUCGACAACCUGGGAGCCACCGUCGACCUCCACAUCCUGCACCACCUGGUCAGCCAGCCCAACGGCAAGCGCUGCGAGUUCGUCAUGGAAGUGACAGACAAGACGCGUGCCGACGUCAAGGGUGGCACACUGAUCCAGUAUGAAGGAAAACUGCGUCUGCUGGAGAUCGCCCAAGUGCCCAAGGCCCAUGUAGACGAAUUCAAGUCAGUUUCAAAGUUCAAGAUCUUCAACACAAACAACUUGUGGAUCUCUCUGGCUGCUAUCAAGAGGCUGCAGGAACAGAAGGCAAUGGACAUGGAGAUCAUAGUCAACCCCAAGACACUUGACGGUGGACAGAAUGUCGUCCAGCUGGAGACAGCGGUCGGCGCAGCCAUCAAAUGUUUCGACAACGCCCUGGGAAUAAACGUACCUCGCAGCCGCUUCCUGCCUGUUAAAACCACGUCGGACCUGCUGCUGGUCAUGUCCAACCUGUACAGCCUGGAGGCCGGCUCUCUCACCAUGAGCCCCAAGAGAGAGUUCCCAACAACGCCACACGUCAAACUGGGCAGCUCCUUCACCAAGGUUCAGGAGUACCUGACCCGCUUCGAGAGCAUCCCAGACAUGCUGGAGCUCGACCACCUGACAGUAUCAGGAGACGUCACCUUUGGGAAAAACGUCUCGCUCAAGGGCACCGUCAUCAUCAUUGCCAACCACGGAGAUCGCAUCGAUAUUCCGGCCGGUUCCAUGCUGGAAAACAAAAUCGUGUCCGGCAACCUCCGCAUCCUGGACCACUGAGGCCUUUUUCAUCCCACCCCACUCCAUCAUGUGACGUAGUCGGCUUUAUCCCAGUCAUGUGACCCAUUUGUCAUGUUUACACGACACCAACAGAUUGUGAGAGGAAGAGGCUUUUUCCUGAAGGCUGUGUGUGAUUGCAUGUGCAGUGCUACUCUGCAGUCUCAACAUUAGCAGUAGUUUACAUGGUUGGUUGUUGGGAGUGUUUGUAGCUUACACAUACUGCCCUCUAUAGGCUGUUUAUUAUAUAACACAAACCUUUAAUAGUAUUAAUAAUGAGCUAGUCAUAGCUGAAAAUAUGAUAGAGGGAAAAACAACAGAUCAGAUUUUAUUUUUUAUUUUUCUUUUCACUGGUGAUUUUGACUGUUUACUGACCAGAAAAUAAACCUGCCAAAUAGACUCAUAAUAGAUAUUAAUAAGGAUACUAACACAUCAAAGAACAAAUGUGAUCAUUUUAUCAUCUUCAUCCUCAGUGUGCACUUACAGCACUGCUAAUGCAAUCACAUAGUGUACUUACAUAGAGAGGUAAAGUCAUGGUUUUUGAAGUUAUGGAGGACUUUUGACAGUUUAUUUCAAGCACAAAGACCGUGCUAUGGGACUCAACAUGGUUCUACAAUUCAGCUGUGAUAAGAUAUGUUCAAGUGAAAUAAUGUGCUCUUAUAUUUUGGCCAUUUAUCUAUUAUCUAUAUCUGGAGCUGGAGCCUGUCGCAGCUCUCCAGUCUAUCACAGACCUAAAAACAUACAAGUAUCACACUUCACAGGCAAUUUGGUUUCCAGUUCAGCUAACCUAAACUAUGGGAGAUUCCCCCCCACACACACACACACACACAACCCUUCACUGAGCCACUAUAUUGUUCUGUGAUAAGUCAAAUUUUAAAAAAAGUGCUAAAAUGACUCCAAAACUGGCCUCAUGCCUCAGACAUAUUAUCCAUUCUAGACUAAUUGUAGAUGAUGUAAUCUGCCAAGAGUUGUCGUCGUCAUCCUGUCUCACCAAAAACAAUGAUCUUGGCUACCGCACAUUUAUGACUGAAUAAAUUAAUGAACAAAAGAAAGAAAUGUGACAAAGUGCAAUGGAAACAUACUUCAUGAUGUACUUAAAGCAUGUGGCUCCACUGAAGAGACUAAACACUGUGUCAGACAAAAUGUUCCUCAAAUGAAUAGAUGAAAACCAAAUCGGUCAUUUGAGGUUGUACUGGAGCUGUUUUAAUGGUCAUCUCACUGUGCUCUCUUCUUCUGUGAUGUUUAAUAGCACCUAGCUGGAGAAUUACCAGCAGCAGUGAAUGGAAACACGCAUUAAUUUUGAUUUUCUUUACUAACCUUGUCUGUGAUUUAGUGUUGGGCAGGUAGCAUACAGUGGGUUUAUUGGAUCAUUUUGCUGGAAACAGCUGCCUGGUGUGUCUGAAAA